AUGUCUGCCAAGCCGAGUGACGAGCUGGGAGGCUCGGAGGAGAAGUGGUUCGGAGAUGAUUAUGAACGGAACGGCCUCUUCGGCAGCAGCACGCCGUCCGGGUUCGGCGAGCUACGUGACGAAUUCGAGCCCAUGAGCGCCGACGGGGGGGCGAGCGACCUGGACCGACAAUUCAAUCAAUUUCAAGACGACGUGAAAAGGCCUGCCGUUGCUAUGGAAACUGCAUCUACAGAUGACUCCAUGUCUGGACUGUUCCGGAAGCCCAUGAGCGACGACGGAGACCUUUACACGUCCCUGCUGUCCAAUCAGAACUUCCCAACAAGCCAGGAGGCCUCCUACCUCUCAGAAGAGCUGAAGCCCAGCAAGACCUCCCCCACCUCGACCUCACACCUCCAGUUCUCCACCACCUCCUCCACCACCUCCUCCUCCAAGACCGUCUCCUACGGGGAGGAGGACCUGCCCAGGUCCCUGCUGGGCUCGGACAAGACGGAGUCCUACAACUACAUGGACAUCAGCCACGGGGACGAGCUGCUGACGGGCCAGCGCCCCGACCCCCUGGACAGCCUGAUGGACACCAAGGUGUCCUCCACGUCCGGACACGACUCUCUGGGGGGCUACAUGGACCAGAUCCCCGGGAGGGACGUAGACCAGGACGACGACGAUGAGGAGGAGGAGGAGGAAGACGAGAACCUGGGCCCCGCCUGCGACUCCCACUCCUUCCCCUACGUGGAGGAGCCCUCCGACGAGGAGAUGUCAGACUACCGCUCCUACCGGAACCUGGGGGGCACCUCCGAGACGGCCAGCCCCGUGAAGAUCACCCUGACCCAGUCCCAGACCCCCGCCGCCGAGCCCGAGAGCCAGCCCCCGCCACGCUCCUCCCCGGUCGGCGGGACGGACCGCGAGAACGUCCUGAGCGUGGGCACCGUGGGCGUUCCCACGGUGACGCUGUCGGAGCCCGAGGACGACAGCCCGGCGUCCACGCCCAGCCCGUCCCCCACAGAUCCAGACUUCCCUUCACACGAGAUGUACAACACCAACACAGUGAAGCGGGCGCCGUCCAAGAACAGCGCGGCCGCCAAGGGCCCCAGCAAGGAGCCGGGGGCCAGCAGCAACGAGUCCGGGGACUCUGAGAUAGAGCUGGUGACCGAGGACCCCGCCCCACGGGGCCAGACCUCCCCCAGCACCAAGAGCAGCAGCGGCCCCUUCCCCCCGUCUCCCGUCAGCAAGAGCCCCGUGACCCCGCCCGGCAACCCCUUCGACGGCCCCCCGGUCGCCAAGGGGGGCCACCAGGGCCUGGCCGCCAGCCUGGGGGCGGGCGGCGCCUACAGCAUCCUGAGGGAGGAGCGAGAGGCGGAGCUGGACAGCGAGCUCUUCAUCGAGUCCGCCUCCGAGGAGAGCCCCAAGAGGGAGCAGGGCGGGGCCGGCCCCAAGCAGGCCGCCGCCCUCCCGUCCCCUCUGGUGCCCGUUGUCACAGCCCCCCCAGCCCGCUCCCCCCUGGAGGAGAAGCCCCCCGCCGGGCCCCCGGUCCAGGCGCCCGAGGCCGUGAAGGCCCCGGCGGCGAAGACCCCCGAGGAGGAGCGGCCCAGCAAGCCCAAGCCCCCCAUGGCCGCCGUGCCCCCUGAGGUGCGCUCUGCGGAGAAGCCCCCCCCCCAGGAGGACGGGGGGAGCCAGAAGACGUGCGGCGGCGAGGUCAAGGGGGACCUGGCGGCGCCGGCCGGAACCGUCCUCCUGCAGAACUUUGACAAGCAGAAAGCCGUCGACCUGCUCUACUGGAGGAACGUGAAGCAGUCCGGGGGUGUGUUCAGCAGCGUGCUGCUGCUGCUCUUCUCCCUGACGCAGUUCAGCGUGGUCAGCGUGGGAGCCUACCUGGCCCUGGCUGCCCUCAGCGCCACCAUCAGCUUCCGGAUCUACAAGUCCGUCCUGCAGGCGGUGCAGAAGACCGAUGAGGGACAUCCCUUCAAAUCCUUCCUGGAGGUGGAGAUCGCCCUCUCCCAGGAUCAGAUCGGGAAAUAUGCCGACAAGAUCAUGCUGUACAGCAACACCUGCAUGAAGGAGCUGCGCCGUCUGUUCCUGGUUCAGGACCUGGUGGACUCCCUGAAGUUUGCGGUUCUCAUGUGGCUCCUGACCUACGUGGGCGCCCUCUUCAACGGCCUCACACUGCUCAUCUUGGCUGUGAUCUGCAUGUUCACCAUGCCGGUGAUCUACGAGAAGCACCAGGCCCAGAUUGACCAGUACGUGGGCCUCAUACGCACCCAGGUCAACUCCGUGGUGGGAAAGAUCCAGGCUAAGAUUCCCGGGGCGAAGCGAAAGGAGGAGUGAAGCGUGUCACUCGCUGUCCAGUCGAGCCCAGAGAAGGCAGCUCGCUGUCGGGGAAAACGCCCAGUCAUCAUCCGUGGGGCAUAGUGCUGUGUCAUCAUGCUGUUCUCUUAAAAACACGAAAACCCCCCCACUCCACUGAAGAAGCCCCCUCCCCCUCCGUUCUUUAGCGGCUAACGCACUAACACACACACACACAGUAAGGUAGACGAUGUACACGGAUAAAAAUACAACAAAAAAACAUUUUCUUUUGUGUUGCUUGUUAUGAGGUGCAUGAAGUCGAGCCUUGAGUCAAUCAUAUUUGAUAUAUAUAUUUCGUGCAGUUUUUAUUACGCUACGAUUUUGUUUUGCAGUGCUUAUGACUGUAAAGGUAUGGCACAAAAGAAGCUUAACGCCCAGAAUUGUUGUGCUGCUGCUGCCGAUGUGAAAUACCGCUUCGUGCUUUGGAGUCGGCUGGUGGGGUUCUCCGUACGUCAAGAACUUCGGCUUCUGAGAUGGUUUCCUUUUGGUGUUUUCAAGCACAACCUCAUUUAACAAUAAGCGUCUUAGAUGUGGUAAUUGUAGGGUUUUGCUUUUGUAUAACCAUUAAAAAGGAACAAUACACAAGCUUAUGUUUUAGGUACUGCUGUUCGACGCCCAUGAAGACGAGGAGUAUCUGGCGAUAUUUAGCUUGUUUGAAUACAUGUCCAACUUUGUACUUUGUUCAACUAUACUCAAUGUAGUUCUUAGACCCCGGACUCCUAACUAUUUGCACUUACAGUAUGUAUUUAAUUACAAGAUUAAGAAAACAAUAAAUGUACCUUGAUGUA